AUUUACGGAAGUGGCGGCAUCAGCCAACUUGAGGACCUUUUAGAGACCAGUGACGUUUGCACCGACAAGAUACUUAGCAUUGACAAUAAAGAAUCUUUAGAGGCCUUUAUUGACUUGGCUGAGCGCCUGUUCAUGAACAAUAAUACAGCCAAAGUGGUGAUCUGCUUUUGUCAGGGCGAAACCGUUGGACAAUUGUUUGAAGCCAUGAUGUUCCUCAAUCUCACUAACAACGGAUAUAUAAUUGUAGGAAGUGACGGAUGGGCUGAUAGAACAGAUAUACUUGGCCCGAUGAUGGUUAAACAGGCUCGAGAACAGCAUCGAAGUGCCAUUGCACAGGGAAGCAUUUCAAUAAGAAUCCAUUCACCUCCUGUGCCUGGUUUUGAAGAACACUUUCUUUCAUUAAAUCCGCAGGUAAAUACCUGGAAUCCUUGGUUCAAAGAGUUUUGGGAAUCUAAAUUCAACUGCUCGCUCGAAAAACUUCAUCCAGAUUUGAAGGAAUGUUCAGGUAAUUUUAUACCAAAGAUUCAUAUUUCAUUUAAACUAAGAAUGCUUUGA